UCCGAGGUCCAGCAGAAAUAGCAAAGCUUACACACACAUACACACGUACGCACAGAGAAGCCUAGGCUUUUCUAUAACUGAGCUCAGUCUCGCUAAUCUCGUCGUACAUCUGUGGUUCUGCGUCUCUCAGGAAGAUAUGAAAAAUCCCAUGUUUAUUACCAAACAGAUGAGUUGUAGUUGUAACUUUUAUAUAAUCAAUUUUUCUUUUGGGAAUUGUCUACUCAUUGCUUGUUGGAUACAUGCACUUGUUAACUGUUUUGAUUUGCUAAUUGCGAAUUUUUUUUACUGGUACUCAAACCAGGUUUUCUCUUCAUGCAAGUAUGUGGUUAGUUUAAGAAAUAGAGUUUGGUGAAUGUGGAUGCAGCACUAUCGUUGCUAUGUAUCCUUGACAUAUCCUUAUACAUGGCAUGUACAUGUCGCAUGGAUACUGCAUAUUCUUUCAUACUUGUAUCUGUGUUGAGUUGAGCUUUGGGAUACUUGGAAAGCUUAUUUUCUCAUGUUCGGUCUCAUUAAUAAUCAGCUCAAGAGGUCCUAUUAGUUUUUUUGUUUUCUGUCAUAUGGUUGGUAGUUAGUAACAACAGAUGUAUGCAUUUCCUCAGACAAAUGUUUAUGCUGGCAUGAGUUUCAAUAGUGAAAAAUGAAGAAAGUGGCGAAGAAGAAGAACCCAUUAGUUUUUAUGGAUGUGUCUGUUGAUGGAGAUCCUGCUGAAAGAAUGGUUUUUGAGCUUUUCCCCGAUGUUGCUCCCAAGACUGCUGAAAAUUUUCGUGCACUUUGUACAGGAGAAAAGGGGAUUGGUCCUAAAAGUGGAAGACCACUACACUACAAGGGAUCCUUUUUCCAUCACAUAAUCAGGGGUUCCUUUGCUCAGGGUGGCGAUUUUGUUAAACGAGAUGGUACUGGUGGAGAGAGCAUAUAUGGGGAAGAUUUUCCAGUUGAGUCACCCAGCUUAAAGCACGAUGGGCCUGGUCUUUUAUCAAUGGCAAUUGCUGAUCAAGAUACUUUAGGCUCUCAUUUCAUUAUCACCUUUGAGGCUGAUCGUCAUCUUGACAGGAAGCAUGUUGUCUUUGGGAAACUUGCUCAUGGACACGAAGUAUUGAGGAAAAUUGAAAAUGCGGGUGAUGAAGAUGGGAGGCCAACUGUGACAGUUAAAAUCAUCAAUUGUGGUGACUUUAGUGAGAACAGGAAAAAAGCAAAUAAAUUGAAAAUAGGAAAAGAUGUACCUUCUGAUGCAAAUAAUCAUGAAGCACGACGGAAGGGAAAGCACAAGAAGUCAUCUAGAGAUAGGAGGAAAAGAAGAAGAAGAUACUCUUCAUCCGAGUCAGAGAGUUCCUCAGAUACUGAGCUGGAAUCAUCUGAAUCUGGUAGUGACUCUGACUUGGAUUUAUCAUCCUCAUCUUACACUAGUUCUUCUAGUGAUGACAGGCGCAAGAAGAGGAAGAGAUAUUCUAAGAGAGAUAAAUAUAGACGGGGAAAAAGAAGUGAUAAACACCAUGGAAAAAGGCGAAAGAAGCGUGAUAAGAGAUCCAAGCGCAGAGCAAGAAGAAUGUCGGAUAGUACUACAGAUAGUGAGAGCAGGAGUGAAAGUAACUCUGAUAGUGAUGAGCAUGAUGUUCCUGGAAUAAUUCAGAAGCAGAAAAAUCAGAAGACUGCUGUAGAACAGCCUGCGGUGGUGGUAAUGGAAGAAGCUAUUCCUGUCCAUCAUAAAAAGUGGGAGGAAGUGCACAAAUCCCCCAAUGAGAAUGGAGAGCACAGAAGCAAUGGCAGAGAAGCCGAUGCUAAAUCCGAUAGGAGCGGAGAUAGAAAACCUGACAUAGUAGAUGAUCACCGAGAAAAAUCUAGGAGCCAAAGCACAAGUCCUAAGAGGCAUAGAAGUACGAGUAUUAGUCCCAGGAGUCUGGGCAGAAGCCCAAGUGUUAGUCCAAGACAGAGUCUGAGCAGAAGUCCUCGUAAUCUUAGUAGAAGCCCCUAUAUUGGACGAGCAAGGAGCAUCAGCAGAAGUCCUACUAGGAGUCCUGUUAGAAGUGAUAGCAGUAGGAGUCCAGUCAGAAGUGUCAGCAGAAGUCCAGCAAGUGGCAGGAAAGGGAGAAAUAUCAGUAGGAGCUCAUUGGGAGCUCGGCCUCGAAGAAAUGUUUCUGAGAGUCCUGUUAGGUCCCCACCGGGAAGAAGCCAAAGCAGGGUUCCACUGAGAACCUUAUCAAGAAAAUCAAUUAGCAGAAGCCCUAUAAAAGUUUCUAGAAGAAGCUUAAGCAGAAGCCCAAUCAGAUCUCCAAGAAGCACGAGCAGAAGCUCAGGUAGGGCCCCUUCAAGGAGGAUUAGCCGAAGUCCAUUUAGGCUGCCAAUCCGGAAUAAUCGACGCAGUUAUUCCAGGAGCCCUAGCCCUGCACGCAGGGCCAAGUCACCACCUGACCGAGGAAGGAGUUUGUCAAGAAGUGUUUCCCCAGAUGGGUCUCCCAAGCGUAUCAGAAGGGGGCGUGGUUUUAGUCAGCGGUACUCUUAUGCACGGCGAUACAGAACCCCGUCUACAUCUCCUGUGAGGUCUUAUCGUUAUGGUGGUAGAAGUGAUCGCGACAGAUAUUCAAGUUACAGAAGGUAUUCUCCUAGACGAUACCGAAGCCCACCAAGAGUGAGAAGUCCUCCAAGAUACAGAAGCAGAAGAAGUAGGACACGAUCUGUAUCACGAAGCCCACCCUACCGUAAUCGGCGCUACAGCCGUAGCCGUAGCCCCAUCCGCAGCCGUUCACCAGUUGUGACCUAUAGAUCUCGUGUGUCUCCAAGGGCUGAGAGGAGAUCACUCUCUAGGAGCAGAAGCCCAUCGGAAUCAAAGUCCUCAUUGGACUCUCAAUCUCCUAAGCGGGCAAGCAAAGACAGGUCAAGGUCAUCGUCCGGAAGCCUGGAUGGCAAGAAGGGCCUAGUCUCUUAUGGAGAUGGUUCUCCUGACUCCGCCCAAAGGUGAAAUCAUGCCAUUGAUAGCGUUGUUCUGGAGGAACUCGUGUUAUCUUUUAUGUAUUGGAGGCUUGCGUUUUAAAGCUGGACCUUGAACUUAUGUUUUUCAGUGUCGCUAGAGAUUAGAGUUGCUAGUUAAAUAUUUAGCUGUGAUGUUUCCAUGUAGAAAUUUAUCGUUGCUGGAAUGUAUUUGAGGACGUGUUUUGUUAAAUUGAGAAUAAUAUGUAGACCUUGGAUUUUUGAGACACUUGAAAAAUGAUGUGUUAUUGCAUUCAGAGAUAUAGGUUAGGGAUUGUUGCUUAAAA